AUGUUGUCAAGGCGUAUCCUAUCCUCCGCACUCACCAAUGGUACCAGAUUGGUCCACUCUUCUGCUGCUCGACCAGCUUCAGAGGCGAUCAACAGGUACUCGAAAACCAUCACCGAACCAAAAUCGCAGGGUGCUUCUCAGGCGAUGCUCUACGCUACUGAUGGAGUCAAUAACGAUGAGGAUCUGAAAAAAGCCAUGGUCGGUGUAGCCAGUGUUUGGUACGAGGGUAACCCUUGUAACGGUCACAUCUUGGGCCUCGGUCAGAGAGUUAAGAAGUCGCUGGGUGAAGCUGGUCUUAUUGGUUAUCAAUUCGGUACCCCUGCCGUCUCAGAUGGUAUCAGUAUGGGAACAUCAGGAAUGUCCUACUCUCUUCAAUCACGAGAUCUUAUCGCCGACUCUGUAGAGAGUGUAUGUGGUGGACACUGGCUCGAUGGUGCCGUUGUCAUUCCCGGUUGUGAUAAGAACAUGCCUGGUACCUUGAUCGCUUUGGGACGACUCAACAGACCUGGGUUGAUGGUUUACGGUGGUACUAUCAAACCCGGUCACUGCAACGGAGAAACCCUCGACAUCGUAUCUGCUUUCCAGAGUUACGGUCGAUUCCUUUCUGAGGGUCAAACCGAAUCUGCGGAGAAGACCAGAUAUGAUACCGUUAGAAACGCCUGUCCCGGUUCUGGAGCCUGUGGAGGAAUGUAUACUGCCAAUACCAUCGCAUCAUGUGCCGAAGCUCUCGGUAUGACCGUCCCCGGAUCCUCUUCAUCUCCUGCAGAAUACCCUGAAAAACUGGCUGAAUGUGAUUCGAUCGGAGGAGUCAUGCGAAACUUGUUGGAGAACAACAUUCUGCCCAGGCAAAUCAUGACUCGAGAAGCAUUUGAAAACGCCAUGGUGAGUGAUCAACGAUAG